UGUAAACAUACAGAAGCCGAUACCGGUUUUAUGUACAUGCAGGAAAAUGUGAAUUUUGAUUCAAUUUUCAUACCGAUUUGAGUUUAUAAAGUAACCGUGAAAACCUUUGCUGGACUUCUGACAGAAACAUGGGGAGUGGUUCUAGUAAAAAGGCUACACCGACCAUUUUAAAAGGAUACAGAACUGAGUCUGCAAAGAUAACUGUUUCUGCUGAGAAGAAAACUGAUGAACAAUUGUCUAACUCUAACGGUCCAGAGGACAAGAAAAAAAUAUUAGCUAAAAACGAUUCAAACGAAGAGAAGUCAUAUGAUGUGCGGAACAGUGAGAAAGACAUAGCAAUACCAAAUAAUACGAAUAGAGACGACAGUAUAUCGGUAAAUAAUCCCACACAAGAUGUACAGAACAACGAUGAGAAGAACAUUAUUGUUGAUCCAGAAUUUAUCAAGACGAUUUAUUGUCGGUGCUUUUCCAAAUGGCCUUGUAAUUGCUUCGGAAAACUUGACUUUAAUGUCAACGCAUAUCAUGGAGGUUGCACAGCUCUCUGUUUUGUAUCAUGUGCAUUCAGUGCUGAAGCAGAGCAAUCAAAUACUGAACUAAGGCUGAUACGAUCUGGGUUUGAUUGUAAUCAUGUGGAAGUCAAAUCUAUUGCUAAAAUGCAUGCUGGUCAUUUUGGAGCUAAUAACUCACAAUGUGUCGAUGAAGACGGAAUGUUUAUUGCAGAUUGCAUAUUUGGAAUAAACGAUAUUAUGCUGUUAACAAACGAUUCUCGUUAUGGAAACCUUAGAAAUGGCGUUUUUGUGGAAAUGGUAGAGGGUGAAGAUCAAAUUGCACUUCCGGUAAACGUAAAUGGAGGACAAACCCCACGUGCAUGUGGAUUGUCACUUGUCUUAUGCAGUGGAAAGAAUAAAGAAACAAGCACAAGUGCAUUAUACCUAAUAAGAUUAGGUUUGAGUGGUAACAACUUCCAGGCAAAAGUCCUGUCAGGAGAAGACAUAUUUAAGUUUGGGGUGAAGGACGAUGGACAGCUGAACGUAGCUGGACCAAAAGGUAGUCAAUUUGGAUUAUUUCAUAACAGAAACAAUUUAAUAUCACAUCCGGGUUAUACGUAUGUAAGUCAGAGUCAAUAUACUGAAGGAACUGAUGGAGGCAUGUUGAUGGAAAACCUAACAGGGCAUGCUACAUUGAUAAUUCUAUGUUCCAAUAGUAACGGCACUGAGGAUUCUACAGCAUCUACGGUAUACCACUUAUCUGUCAACGAUGGAAAUAUCAUAUCUACCAAAGAGCUCUCUGGUUGUCAUGGAUCUUCUUAUAAAAAGUCGGAUUUAUGGACAUUCGAAAUUGUUGCUGGACAACUGCUAGUGACCGGACCUACAGGUCCUUGCAAAUAUGGUGUACUAACCAACAUCAAGGCUCAAACGUCAGAUCUGUUACGGUCAAUUAAACAAGACAAUUGUUUAGCCACAGGAGAGCAGACUAAAACAUUUGGAAACGUGCAAGUAACCUUAGACAAUAUUAAGGGAAAUGUCAACAAAUCAUCGGAAUUAUGCAUUAUGAUGAAUCACAAGAUUAUUCGAACCAUUCCUGUCAAUGAACUAGACGACAAGAAAGCCGAUCAGUAUAUAUUUUCAUUCCAAUGGAAAGAAGAAGAAAAGGUGGUUGGAUAUCACAUGAUUAGAGUGUUUGCAGUAAGAAAACAUGUAAAAUCUGGUGAAGAUGUAUACAUUGAAUUGUCUGGAUCACCAUGUCCUUUAACCAGACAGAAGCCAGGAGUUAUAUACGCCCUUAAUUGUGGAGGGCCCGCAUACCAAGAUCUCAAUGACAUUGUAUACUCUAGCGAGCACAAACAGUUUGCUAACUUCAGUGGUGACUUUCUUAAAGGUAUUAGAAGUAAAGCAAGGGGAGGAGUUAAAAAGCAAGCAAAACUACCAGCCUCAAUGUUAAAGUCACAUGACGGCUUUCUGUAUGUGGUUACCAGGACAACGUUUACUCAAGAUGAACAUGAUCAGCGAUUUCAUUAUCAGAUAAAAGACUUACCAAAUGGGAAUUUCACACUACGUUUACACUUGGCAACUAUUCCUAAAGAGUUGAAACUGAAUGAUAAAGCAGUUGGUGAAACUCUUCAAAAGAAAAUCUUGAGCUCACAGAAACCAGGUGAUUUGAAAGGACCAACGUGUUACUGUGUUGAUAUCGAUGUUGAAAUAGAAAACAACAGCUUAGAAGUGUAUAGCAAGAGUAUAGAUGUAUAUAAACAUAUGGAUCGCAUAGGUGCCUUCGCACUACUUGACAAAACGUACAAGGAUGAAGUUAUCUCUGAAACUACAAUAAAAGAAGAAGAAUUAGAGCAACAGAAACUUGCAGACCAAAUUUUACCAAUUGAUACAGUAACAACUAGAAAAGAAAUGACUGUAGUUGGCUGGUCACCGAAUCUUCUGCAGAAUGCAAGUGGAGAGAGUGGAGACAUGAAGCACUGGAACACACAAGGUAAUAUGAAAGUAUCAGAUAGAGGAGGGUUUGGUACUGAAGCCAGCUUUGUUACCGGACACAUGUGGUGUUCAAAGUACCAAGAAAUAAACCUAUUGGAAACUUUUAGUGCAGAGUAUCUCGAUACAGCACCAGACAUACAGAUAUUUGAAAUGUACAGAGAAGGGCAUUGUGGCGGCGGAUUCUAUUGUUUAACAGCACAACUGAUGUCUGAAGAUGGAAAGGUAUUGAAAGAGUAUACAACUGGACAGAUUGGUUCUAUUAAUUUUGCGAAUGCUCCAUGGCAUGAAGCUUCUGUUGUAUUUUCUGGUUAUGGACCUGGAGUAAGGAUUGUGGCAUUUACAUCUAAAGCAAAGGACGAUAAAUUUUGGGCUGGUCAUUAUGGUCCAUUCAUGUCUGCAGCACAAAUUCGAGUUAGAAGGGAGAGCAAUCCAGCUAAAGACGAUAGCUUUACAGAUAUACUCCAGGGCGACGACUCUGCUAAACGGCCAAUAAUAGACAAACUUGUAACAACUAUUUUAACAGACAAUCAGGACUUGUUGGAAAAUUUUGCUGAGGGAGAAAAAAUGCCUGUUGACAAGGCUUUUGACAACCAAACAAAGAUAACAGUUAAUCACGAUUUUGUUCCAUCAAAACAAUGGCAGAGACAAAGACAAACGCGCAAAAAGAGAGAAAUAAGAGUUUUUGUGUCAAGUACGUUUAGAGAUUUUAAGGAUGAAAGAGAAGAAAUAAUUAAAAAAGCAUUCAGAGAGAUAAACCGUAUGUGCACAGAUCGUGGAGUUUUCUUCACAUAUGUAGAUCUUAGAUGGGGUAUUACAAAAGAACAAACAAGUCAUGGACAAACUAUAUCAAUCUGUCUACAAGAGAUCGACAGAUGUCGGCCGUACUUUAUCUGUCUCAUGGGUGACAGGUUUGGGUGGUGUCAAACAGAGGACAAACCAGAUGAUGUUCUGAAUAUGUCAUAUGAUUAUGCAAUUGAAAACAACCCAAAACUGAAAUGGAUCGAUAAAUUUAGAUAUGAUACAAGUGUUACUCAAUUGGAGGUGUUCCAUGGAGUUUUGAACGACCCAGAUUUGGUGAAAAAUAAAUGUUUCUUUUAUUUUCGAGACACUCCUUCAAAGGAAGAUUUUCCAGAGGAAGAGUAUAAGCGCCUGAUAUCUGAAUCGGAUUGGCAUCGUGAACAUCAAGAUUGGUUGAAAGAUCAAGUGACUAAGCACAAAGAUUUAAAUGUGAGAACAUUCAAAAAACCAUUGGAAGUGUCUGAAUAUAUUAAAAAAGAUUUAGAACGAUGCCUUGAUGACGAUUUUCCAAAAGGAACAGAGCUUUCCAAACUUGAACAACAGAGAGAGGCACAUGCAGCAUUUUCAUCGGCAAGAUGUAGAGUUUAUAUUGGAAGUCAAGAUUAUUUUACAGAAAUUAACAACAAUAGAAGUCAAAAUCUAACUCAACCUUUUGUACUGCUUGGAGAGUCUGGUUGUGGUAAAUCUGCUCUGGUUGCUAACUGGGUCAAGCAGGUUGAAGAAGCAGAACCGGCAACAUUCAUGUUUGUCCAUUUUAUUGGCAGUUCAGCUGACAGUGCAAAUUACAUUAAGUUAAUCAGAAGGCUAUUUGGAGAAAUUAAAGUUUUCUUCAACUUUGACAUGCAGAUUCCGUCAUCUGAUUCUAUCCUUAUUCAUGAGAUUGGCAAGUGGCUUAGAAUGGCUGGGUCAUUGACAAAAGUUGUCAUUGUAUUUGAUGCUUUAAAUCAGCUUGACUCUGGCGAAGGAGAAUUAGAGGGAACAGAGCACGAUCUAGAUUGGAUACCGUCAGAAAUACCACCAAAUGUGUUUGUUUUGAUUUCAACACUUCCAGGAAGGGCAAUGACAGCUUGCAAUCAAGCUGGAUGGCCAAGUAUGAAAGUACAACCACUACAAGACUCCCAAAAGAUGCAGAUACUUACCGAGUACCUGGAAGGAAUUUAUGGUAAAACUCUAAACCAGCAACAAAAGGAAAUGAUUGUUUCCGUUAAACAAACGUCGAAUCCUUUAUAUUUAAAAUCGCUACUAGACGAGGUUCGUAUGUAUGGCUCAUUUCGAACACUCACAGAGAAAAUCCAAGAAUAUUUGUCUGCAGAUACUCCACAAGACUUGUUCGCCAAAAUUUUAGACAGACUCGAGGAAGACUUUGAGAAGGGAAAUAAUGCAAGGGAGCACCUUGUACGUGAUACAACAACAGCUUUAUGGUGCGCUAAUAAGGGAAUGUCAGAGUCUGAAAUAGUUGAGCUCUUGGAUGUUACAAGUGCUGUAUGGUCACCAUUCUACCUAUCACUUUAUGAAAAUCUGGUCAAUCGGAAUGGAUUGCUGAAUUUCUUUCAUGACCAUCUUAGACAAGCCGUCGAAAAGAAAUACUUGUCUGAUGCCGAAGCUAAACGGAAUGGAUACCUACGUCUAGCGAAUUUCUUUGUUUCAAAAGAAACAAGUAACAGGACAGUUGAAGAGCUACCGUUCCUUUUGACCAGGUCUAAUGAAUUAGACAGACUUAAAACUACAGUAUCGGAUCUAGAUGUAUUCUAUAGGCUUUCAGACAAUGAAGAUGGCAUUUUUGAGUUGGUCAAAGCAUGGAAGACGCUUGGCGGAUUUUCAUUGUCAGGAGAGGCAUACAUGUCUGCAUUAGCAAAGGUUCCAAAGAGUGUAAUAAUGGAAAAUGUUCCUUAUUACUGCAAACUGUACAGAAAUCUCGGAAAGUUUUUCCUAAAACUAGGAUUAAUGGAAGCAGCCAAGACAGUAUACAAGACUCUAAUAAAGCAACUGGAGAUGAAUUUUGGGGAAUCACAUGGAACUAUUGUAUAUGACCCUUUUGUUCAGAGUUGGGAAUAUCGCUGUAAACAUCCUGAUGUCAUCACGGGAUUACAUGAUCUAGGAACUGUAUAUCGUCAACUAGGAGAAUAUGACAAGGCUGUUUCAGUGUACAAUGAUGCAAUAAAUCGACAAAAUAGAAUUCGGUCUCCAAGUCAAAAACUGCAGUUGUGUGAAGGACUCCUUGGCUUGUCCACCGUUUACAUUCACAAGGAAGACAUGUUUGAAGCUAAGAUAUUAAUGACAAGAGCUUUGGAACUUGCAACCUUUGUUCUUGGAAAGAAGCAUCAUUUUGUAGCUGCUAUUUUGACAAAGCUUGGACAGUUGUCUUACAAACAGGGUCGUGUAGACGAGGCACUUGCCUAUUACAUGCAGGAUUUGAAGGUUACGAGAAGUGAAGUUGGUACCAAUCAUCCACGCACGGCUGUUGUAUUAAAUGAGAUCGGACUGGUAUAUGAUGAUAAAAAUGACAACAUGGCAGGACAAUUAUAUGAAGCCGCUUUGUCCAUAAUUCUAGAAACAUACGGAAAUAAUUAUCUAGGGACAGGAUCCAUACGGUACAAUCUAGGAGCUUUUUACUUUGGAACCAACCAUUUUGAAAAAGCACGAUUUCAAUUUACAGAAUCGUACAAGAUACAUGAUAUGUUCCUAGGAGAUAAUCAUCCAGAUACAAUUGCUGUGAAAGAGGCACUAAAUACUGUGUCAGCAAUGACAAAAACGAAAUAGUAGUGAAUGAGAUUGACAUGACAUUGUAAAGAAAAUUCUAGAAAUCAAUGGGAAAGAAAUACAACUGUAACGUUUUAGAAUGUUGAAAACUAACAUAAUACCAAAUUUUUAUUUGAUAUAAUAUUUUAUCAUUUAGACAAUUCAAAUUACAGAAAUAUUAUUCCAGCUUCUCUCUAUUUACUAAACAGUUUUCCCAAAACACAAACAGGGGUAAAAAUCAUCAUCCAAGGGCAAUCGUUCCUCAAAGAAGUUUUGAAUUUAUGUAACAGGUGAAUCUAAAUAAUAAUGAAGAAUAAACAAUGACAUUUCCUGCUUCAGUUAUUGGGGAAUAUUUUUUAUUAAAAUUUUCUUUGAUUUGAUAAACACUUAAAACAAGCAUUGCAAUACUCUCAGUGAUAAAUCUAGUGAUAAAUCUUUUCAGCAAAUACUGAGUGGAAACUAAUAUAACCAGAUCUACUAAAUAAUAUUUUUGUUUGUUUAUGUAAAUUGAUAAAAUUGGGAAUGCCAUUUAAAUACUCAACCAUGUAGCAUUCCUUCAGCUCUAUUUUUCCAUAAAUAUUUCAGUAUAAUAUUUUAAUGCAUAUCAUUACUAUAUUUGCAUAAUUUAAAGAGACAUAACCACAAUAAAAUAUUAUUUCAAGAAUAACAGUACUGUAGUUGAAGAGUUGACGCCGUCAAUUGGCGAUUGGACGGUCGUAAAUGCAGUUUUUACUGGAGACGCGUAGCGUAGAUGGUAAAACGGAUAUUUGCGACCGUCAAUUCUUGAACUAUAGUACUGUUACUCCGAUCUAAUGCAUUAAAACAAAUGUGGCUACGUAAAUGUGAAACUAAUCAUACAUGUUCAUUGUGAGAGGAACUUUGAUUUAAAGUUUGAAACUGUUUUAUGGUCACAGAGCAUGGACAUGUGAUAAUGCGAGUGGGCAAUGGUCUCCUAUGGCAUAAACUAUGUUAACUUGUAACUGGUUUGUAAUUACAUGUCAUUUAGAAACUAAGAAUACGGCCAGGUAGGCUCAGUUCAAAAUAGAUUUUAUACAAAAGAGCUUUAAAUCAAUGUAAUAUUAACAGAAAUAUUUAGUACCCUAAUAAUUGAUAUUAUUUAGUUUACUAUUAUAUUUUUAUAUAACUUUAUUUUUGUGAUAUUUUUUUAAUGUCUUUCAUUUAUAACUACCACAUAUCCUACAUGUAUAAUUUACAUUAACUUUUGAUGGUAAUACUCAAACAGUGCUGCAUAAUAAAACAGUGUUGCAUAAUACAAUAUAUAUUUUGAAUUGGUGUGAAAUUUUGGUGUGACUGAGCGAUGAAGUAUUCCAUUAGUGUGUUCCCUUAUCAGUAAUAGAAUAUCGUUCAUAUAGUGGAACACUAUUGGGUGUAUGACGAUGUUGACGGCAUAAAGCUGAUCGGUCAUCUUAUCCUUUAUUUUAUAUAAAAGUGAUUACAUCAGUGGACAGAUAUAUAGAUAAAUGUAAAAUUCACUUACAACAAAAUAACCGUCUUAGUUUACAUUUUACGCAUGUCAUUAGAUGUAAACGAAUUGAACAAGAUAUAAUUUUGUCAAGGAUAAAAGUUUCAAAACAAACACUCAAAUGGAAUGCUUCAAAAUUAGACAUGUGAAUAUGUACUUUAGUGAUUUUUUAAACUUCAGUACUGGCAAUACAAAAACGGAUAAUUAUUGUUUUGAUGACAUUUUAUGUUAUAAAAUUUUGGAAUUAAUACUAUGUUAUGGAACAUCUUUCUCAUCCAUAGCUCUGAUUCAUUGUCUGAAUUUGCAUACUACAUCUGGUCCCAGUUGGUUUUAUAACCUCGUCGGCAUUUGUUUAGGUUUUGAAUUUUCAAAUACUUCGGCCUUGAUCAUUACUGAAAAGACAUUAAUUGUCGAAAUGAGCAUCUGCAGUAAACAUGUACCAAUUAUGAUAUUGUACAUGUACAUGGAAACCUGUGACAAACUGGUUAUCGAAUUUCAACAAUAUAUUAAUGGGCUUUAUUUGUGAAAAGACCUUUCAAAACUAUGAGUGUGGUGCUCAUUUUAAGACGAUGCCGAUUUAUUAUCAAGAAUAUGAACUAACAGAGUUGUUGAGGGUAUGCACCAAACAAUCUUAAAAAAGCAAGUCGAUUUCACCAGGUCUUCAACAAUAGUUGAUUGUCUGUACCAUUUUAUAUUCAGAAUAGACCCUUAUCUAAGCUUUUAACAUACAAUCAUUAUGCGGAAUAAAAUUAGAGUCUCUGAUAUUUUGUAUUAUUUUUUACUAUUCUAUGAUACUCAUAUUUAUGGUUAUUCUUUUUGUGAAUUAUGCGAUGUAGGUUUAUUUAUAUUUUUCUUUAUUUAUUAUUCUCUUGUUUCUGUAUUGUUUCAAUAAAUACUCUACCGAUA